AUGGGAGCAUCAAACAUGGCCGACCAAAACGCAGGCAACUAUGACAAGAUCGAUUUCUGCACGCUGGGAAUGUUUAUUAUAGAUGAGAUCGAAUUCCCCCCACCAAAGCCUCCAGUCAAAGACAUCGUCGGCGGAGCAGGGUCAUACUCAGCAUUAGGCGCACGCAUCUUCUCCCCACCACCACAGUCGGAAUCCGUGGGUUGGAUUGUAGACUGCGGGUCUGAUUUUCCACCUGAGCUGCGCGACUUCAUUGCGCAGUGGAAGACUGGUGUACUGGUACGCGAGACGCCCGAUCGGCUGACUACGCGAGGGUGGAAUGGCUAUACUGGGGGAAAUGAGCACCGAGCUUUUCGAUAUUUGACGCCGAAAUUGCGUGUGGACCAUGAGACUUUGAUUGGUACAGACCUACUGUGGUCCAAGUCGUUCCAUCUAAUUUGUUCUCCAUUACGCUGCAUCGACUUGAUUGAGAACAUCCUCGCAUUACGCAAACAGCAUUACAAGUUGGCUCACAUCCGUCGCCCGGUGUUCAUCUGGGAGCCCGUUCCCGAUUUGUGUACACCCGCAGAAUACGAUAACUGCCUGAAAGCGCUCAAGUAUGUUGACGUGGUCAGUCCAAAUCACGGGGAACUUGGCGGCUUCUUCGGCAAGAACACGGACGGGAGGGAUUUUGUAGACUUUCGAACAAUCGAGGAGCUGUGUGGUCAGUGGUUGGACAGUGGAGUUGGUGACGGGAAUGGCGGAAUUGUCGUGCGUUGUGGCAAAGACGGCUGCCUAGUGAUGCGCAACGGGCUGCGGAAAUGGAUGCCUGCAUACCAUCAGUCAGCAGAGAAGGUGGCCGAUCCUACGGGAGGAGGCAAUAGCUUCCUUGGUGGCCUGGCAGUUGGCCUACUUCGCGGUGGCUCCAGCUGGGUACCAGAGAAUCUCGAAGAAGCUGCGGUUUGGGGGUCCAUUUCGGCGAGCCUUGCCAUUGAACAGGUCGGCAUGCCCAUUCUCUCACAGUCAGCGGACGGGGAAACGUGGAACGGUGUUGGUGUCGAAGAUAGACUUUCAGAUUUCAAGCAGCGACUGGCUAGUUAUGUACAGCCUUAG